GCGAAUAAAGCAAAAGGCAUCUUGCUUAAUGCUUCAACAGGAAGUAAAGCUGUAUUGUAUCAUGUGGACUCUUCCUUCAUGUCCACAAAUUUGUAUCAAUUUUUAUUUGUUUCCUUGUAGUUUUAGUUUUGUACAGAGCUACCUCCUCAACGGUUUAAAAUCUCCGCAAACUCAGGCAGAGAUGACCGAGUCAAACACCGACUCAGCUAUUAACGUCCCCGAUAUCCCAGUCGAGAUCGUGACCGAUGAAGAAAUGGCUCUCAUCGAAGCCGCCUUAACCGCCGCUCGUUCCUCUCUCUCUUCCUCUACAAUUCCUGCAAUCUCCUUCACUGCUGCUGCUUCUUCUUCUUCCUUUUCUCCUCUUUUGCACAGAAAUGCUCGCUCCAUUGGCUCCAUCACUCGACUCUCCAAGCGGAGACUCUCCGAUUGUACGGACACCAAUCCCAUCCUUGAUAUUGAGGAUUCGGGCGUGUUGAGGAGCACCCAGAAGAAGAUUGGGGUGAGAGAGUCGCUGUUGCAUCGGUUUCGGAGGAAGAAGGGGUUGUCCGUCACUGAUAUUACCGGCACGGAAUGGUGUGAAAAACAAAUGGAGUUUCAUCUACUCCUCGGGGAGCCAGAAAUCACUAAGGCUAUGAAAGCGGGUAUUGUCCGUCAUGCAAAACUUGAAGAAGAGGUUGUAAAAAAAGUAAAAGUUCGUGUUGGAACACUUGAGGAUGUAUUGGCUUUGAAGUUCAUAAACUUCAUAGUGGGUGCAAAUCAGUUAUUAUUUGAAGGACUAACACGCGAGUUACCAUUAAUAGGCUUUGUGGAAGGUGUAUGGAUGGUGGGUGUAAUUGAUGAAAUUCGAAUGCCAGAAACAGAAGCGAACAGAAACCCAAUACUAGUAGAAACAAAAACUCGUGCUCAAGCUAGAUCUCCUGCUGAGCCGCAACAGAGAAAUGGAAGGCUUCAAUUGAUGUGCUACAAGCGUCUGUGGGACAGUUUAGCAGCCAAUAGCUUCCCUUCCAGACAAUUUUAUGAUUUUUUUGCUUUAAAUCCCCAUUAUAUUUUAUCUGAAGAAAUCAGAGAGAACACUGCUAACUCUGGUUUUCCUGCAGAGACCCUUGAUGACUUAUUGAGAUACUUUAGUAAUAUGUGUUGUAUGCUUCCCCCUGCUGACGACCAGCUACUGUUGAGAUAUGAAUACCAAGAAGAUCAUUCACUGCUCGGUGAAGAUUGGUUUAUGUAUGAUUCUGAUUGGGCCAAGAGACAAAUUCGGUGUUGUCUUGAGUUCUGGCUGGGGGAAAGAGAAGCCAAUUACACCCCAGUGGAAGAGCGUUGGAAAUGCCGGCAUUGUAAGUUUAGUUCCGUUUGUCCUGCAAACACCAACGCAGACUGUACGUCAAGCUAGAGAAAGGAACAGAUACCCUCUCAUUUGAUUAAUAUUUUUCUCCUCAAUAAUGAUAACAACCUCAACUUGCAGCCUCCCUGCAAAGAAGCAAUAAUUUUUAUACAAGCUUCUCUGCAUUCAUUUGAAGAAGACAAUGCUGAGUUGGUCUUCUGGGUUGCAGUCUGAUUAUGUAUUGGUUAUGUAUAACAUGCCUCUUCUCUGGGGCAAUGAAUUCAUUGUUGUAAGAAUAGAUUUGUAGACUAAUGAUUUCCCUUGUGAAAAUGGAACUGUAAGCCAGGAGUUAUCGUUAGUUAAUCAUUCAUUUUUAAGUAAUUGUAUCUGUUGUUUUCAAAGAUUGGAACUUCUGUAUUUAGAAGAUUCUGAAAUUCAAAUUGCUAGAAAACACAAGGAAAA